AUGGAAGAGAAAUCUAAGCUGAAGUAUCUGAAUUCCCUUGAGAUUGACAGAGACACAACUCCUGAUGUGUCUAAGAAACAAAAGUUCUUUGUAACAUUUCCAAUACCUUAUAUGAACGGAAGGUUGCAUCUUGGUCAUCUAUUCUCGGUGUCUAAGGCGGAUUUUUUUAGUUACUAUAAAGAGCUUCAAGGUUACAACGUGCUGUUCCCAUUUGCAUUCCAUUGCACAGGAAUGCCGAUAAGUGCAUCUGCAAAGAAGCUUGAGGAGGAACUGAAUGGGAAGAACGUGGAUCUUUCUGUAAAGAACAUUAUAAAGGAUCUUGGAUUUGAGGAUGCCAGACCAUUCACAGACCCUGUCCAUUGGGUAAGGACGUUUCCAGAAUUAUGUAUAAAGUCUCUAAAAAGGUUCCACAGCAAUAUAGACUGGAGAAGAUCGUUUAUCACGACAGACAUUAACAAGUACUAUGAUUCGUUUAUCAAAUGGCAGUUCAACAGACUGAAUGAGCUAGGUUAUCUGUCUUUUGGAAAAAGACAUUCUAUAUUCUGCCCUCUUGACAAACAGCCAUGCCUGGAUCAUGAUCGUAGGAAAGGGGAGAAUGUAAAACCAGUUGGUGUGGUUCUGUGUAAGCUGAAGUUUGAAGACGGGAUUCUUCUUGCACGUUUCAAGGAAGGACAGAUUCCGUCAAAGGUUAUUAUUGGCCGCCGAAGUGAUUUUGUAGGAUUUGAAUAUAACAACACAAAGUAUUUUGCAGAAAAAGACAUUUUCGAAAACAUAGAUGCACAGGUUGAUGGAGUAUUUAGAAAGGAAUCGGUUACGGGGGACUUUUUUAGCGAAAAGAAUUUCGAAUGCUUUGGCGAGAAGAUAAAAGGCGAUUGCAUUGAAAGAGAUGUGCCAUGCAUUGCUAAGGGAGUACCCGAUAAGAAGGAUUCUGACUUGUCCAAGUAUAUCAAGAAGGAAAUGGAGUUUAUCGGCAAGAUUGAAAACACUGAAUCCCAUCUCGCAGAAACGAAGGAUCUUCUGAAGUUCUAUGAACCCGAGGAAGAAGUCAUAAGUAGGUCUGGAGGAAAAUGUAUUGUAGCUCUGACUGACCAGUGGUAUAUAGACUAUGACGAUAGCGAGUGGAAGAAAAAGGUCAGAGAAUGUAUUGCUAAUAUCGUCUGUACCGACGAUACAAGGGCGAUUUUGGAAAGUGCUGUUGAAUGGAUAGGAAAAUGGGGAUUUUCCAGAUCCUUUGGAUUGGGAACAAGAGUUCCCUGGGAGAAUGAAUAUCUCAUUGACUCGCUCAGUGACAGUACUAUCUACAUGGCUAUGUAUACCUUCAAACACUUUCUGUAUAAAGAUCUGGAAGGAAAAGAAGAGAUAUUUCCAAGUAGUAAGCUUUCUAGUGAUGUAUGGAAUUACAUUUUUCUUAAUCAAGGUAUAAAGGAGGACCUUCUACCCUUUGAAGAGAUCUUAAGUAACUGUAGGAAGUCAUUCAACUACUUCUAUCCAGUCGAUCUUCGUGUCAGUGGAAAGGAUUUGCUGAAGAAUCAUCUAAUCUUCUUUUUAUUCAAUCACGUAGCCUUGUUUGAGAAGAAGCAUUGGCCAAGAAGGAUAUUUACAAAUGGGUAUUUGAUGCUGAAUUCUGAGAAGAUGAGCAAAAGUUCGGGGAACUUUCUAACUGUUGAUGAAUCUCUAGCCAAGUUUGGAGUAAGUUCGACAAGAAUGUGCCUAGCAGUGUGUGGAGAUACAAAUGAAGAUGCAAACUUCGUAGAGUCCAAUGCCAAUGCCUUUACUCUCAAGCUUUAUUCAUAUGUAAAGAUGAUCGAGGAGUUGUGCAUUGGGAAGAACUUUAAUCCCUGCAUUCUGAAGCUCAUGAAGGACUAUGAGAGUAUGGGAUUUGCAGACAAGUUUCUUUUACAGGCUAUCUCUAUGAACAUCUCCCAUGCGAUUCGAGCACAUGAAGAUAUGGUGUACAGAGAUGUGGUAAAAUACGGGUUCUAUGAAAUGAUACAUGCAAAAGAAAUGUAUCAUAUUCUAAAGGGAACUAACGAAGAAAUUGUGUUCUUGCUUUACAAGACGAUGACGCAAUUGCUGUAUCCGAUUAUACCCUCGCUGGCACGCCAUUUGAUUGAAACGUACUUCCAUUCGAGUUUCUUACUUCCAGUUCCAUUCCUGGCAGAUACAUCAGAGGUCGAUGGAGUCCUGCAUCUUAAGAAUACUCUGAAGAGGCUGGUAGUACAGAAGAAAAAGAAGAAGUGUGAAACUGUCGAGAUAUUGGUUGGAAUGGAGUAUUCGGAGUGGAAGAGAAGAUGUAUGGGGAUUGUCGAUCAGAUAGCCUGCGAAUGCAAGAUUUUGAAUAUUAAUAUUUCUGAAGAGAUCAAAAGAAAUGAAUCCCCACUUCCCUCAAAGAUCAUAGAGGCAGUAAGGGAAGUUCUUAAAGGGUUCGGGGUUCCCGAGAAAAAAGGGAUUUUGUUUUCAAUGGACUACCUCAAUCAUCCAGAGAACUAUUCGAUGAAGUUCAACGAGUAUGAGGUUCUGAAGUCGUAUAAGCACUAUAUCGAAGACAAUACAGGGCUUGAAGUCAUUAUUUGUGUUAGUCCCAGAGCAGAUCCCGGAACACCGUUAUUUGAAUUCAAAUAA